ACGACCCUAUAUCAGCUGUGCAUUCACGUGUGUUUGACUUUUGUUUUGAUAAUUGCCGAUAUCAAUCUUUUCUGUCAAAACAAUAAACUGGUCAAAAUGGCUCAAACAGAUUUCCAAAAUAAUUUUCGCUUAGUUUUGGAAAAAAUCUUCAAUAACUGGCAAAACCUUCGACUAGCGGUUGAACAUGGUAUGGGCGGCCGCAAUGGACAACAGCUGGCUAUUGAAAUUAUGGAUUACAUAUAUAAAUAUUGCAUUGGCAAUGAAAACAUAGCCCAAGGUGAGCUUCAAGACCUUUUAGAGGAAUUAUUGGAUCAAGAAUUCGACACAAUAUGCGACGACAAUUCCAUACCUGAGAUUUGCCGCAAUUUAUUACGUUAUAAAGAGUUAUGCAUUAAAGGCGAAUAUGUACAAAUAGAAAGUGAAUUGAGUAAAUUGCCUCAAGGAAAAGAAUGGUUGCGGCCCGAUGUAAAAAUUGUCUACACGCCAAUUGCGGGUGAAGACUCGUCUUCAGAUGAAAAUGAUGCCAGUGGUGAUUCAGAUAACGGUAUGGACGUUGAUGAGAGCGAAGAGAGUGAUGUGGCUAGUUGUAGUCGUGUGACCCGCUCACAAACACGCAAAAAAGAAGAAGAAUUUGUAGAGCCAGAACCAGGUUGGACGACUGUGCGUACCAGAAGGAAAUAAUGCAUAUUUAUAAAUUUGAAUUUUUUACCAAAUAAAAUUAAUUAAAAUUAUCCGAGUGCUGAUGAAAGUAAUAAAUGAAAUAAAUGCUCUGUUAAGUACUGGCAA